GCUCCAUGGAUCGUGCACCCAGCGGUUCCUAUCGCCGCCGCCUCCUGCUUUUCUCCCCGGUCUCUCCCGCUUCACCCGCCGUGGUUAAGUCUCUUUUUCCCGCCGAUCUGUCGCCGGUCUCCGACCUCCGCUUCACUAUGGAGCAGCUGGGACAUGGUCAGCACGAAAACACUGAGCAAGAUCUGGGAAACAAGACCACUAAUAGUUUACAAAGAACAGUGUCAUCAGAAUCAACAGACUCAGACAUUGGCUUCGUUCGGAUGCCUUUCAGAAGAAUACAUUCGCUGCCACAAAGCCUCCUGGGAUCCAGUCCUUCUUUGAAGAGAAACCAUUCUGAUACUCUGGAUAGCAAUGCUUUUCAGCUCCUGGAACAAGACGAAAAUAAGGAGAACGAAUCGUUUGAGUUUAAGAAGCCAACCAAACCAGCUUCUCGUUGUUCUGUGCGUAACCAUUCCCAUCAUGGAAAAAGUGUUCCUGGAUCAAGGCAGAAUUCAUCUCCAGCCCAGAUAAGAAUGAGUGUUGUUAAAACUGUCUUGUCUCAUUUGGGUGAACAGGAAAAUGACGGGCCGGCUUUCCUGCAGCGGUCUUCUCUGACCUCCUCUGAAAGUGAAGAUGACGAUGGGUUCCUAGAGCUGCUAGAUGAUCAAGAUUUGAAGAACGAUGAGGAGAUGCCCUCUGAUGUGGCAAGCCUCUGGACUGCCCCACUAGUCAUGAGGAAAACAGACAAGUGGGCCAAACGAUGCCGGUUGUUUGGCUCCUCCUCUGUGCCUAGUGCUGUAGGAAGAACCACCCAGAAAAGGAUGGAGAGAGCCCAGGAAGAGAAUUCUCCAGGAAAAACCAAGAAGAGGAAAAGCCUGCCUGGAAUGUCUUCUGAGGACUCAACGAGUUUGAAAAUGGUGAAGAUGCAGUCCUCUGCAGUGGAGAUAGAAAGCAUUUUGGACAGUGACCAGAGAGACCUUAUUGGUGACUUCUCAAAGGGUUAUUUAUUCCACACUGUUGAUGGGAAACAUCAAGAUUUAAAAUAUAUUGACUCAGAAAUGAUUGUGUCUGUGCUGACUGGGAAGUUUGAGAGGUUCAUCAAGGAGUGUGUGAUAAUUGAUUGUAGAUACCCCUAUGAGUAUGAAGGAGGACACAUCAAGGGUGCUGUCAACCUCCACAUGGAAGAGGAUGUGGAAGAGUACUUGCUUAAGAAGCCAAUCCAGCCAUCAGAGAACAAACGAGUGAUAGUAGUGUUCCACUGCGAGUUUUCUUCAGAGCGGGGUCCUCGCAUGUGUCGGUUUGUGAGAGAGCGGGACAGGCUGGGUAAUGAAUACCCCAACCUCCACUACCCAGAGCUGUAUGUCCUCAAGGGGGGCUACAAGGACUUCUUCCUAAGAUGCCGUAGUUUCUGCGAGCCCCAGAGCUAUCGCCCCAUGCACCACGAGGACUUUAAAGAAGACUUGAAAAGGUUCCGCACCAAGAGCCGAACCUGGGCUGGCGAGAGGAGCAAAAGGGAACUGUACAGUCGCCUGAAGAAGCUCUAAGGGCCCAACAGAACAAACAAAGACUGCCUGGUUUUGGGGGGAGGGUGGGAGGGCUGCAGGGGGAGGGAGACAUGCUUGUUCCUCACUUGUGGUUAUCAGGCACUGACUCUCUCCUCGUCUGGUGUCUUACUGGGAACACUGUGGAAUUUGGGGCUGCAGGUCUGAGCCGAGCAGCCCGGGUGCUGCCUGGGAACUGACUCUUCUGAACACUCUUGUUACACUGCUUUGCAGAAACAUCUCCUCCUGUGACACCCACAGAACUGCCCAACACUCUGCUGUGGGGGGAGAGGCUGCAUCCAUGGGGCUCGGCUAGCACACGCUGUUAAACCAGGGGAGGGUAUUUUAGUGCCUGUUGUUAUUUUUUUUAAAUGCUUUGUUUUAUUUAAAUACAGUCAAAUGAAGCUACUACCAUUGCAGUUGAAUCAUCUGCAUUGUACUUAAACCUUGCUUCUGCUAAAGGGCAGCCUGCUGUUGAGGGGUGGGGGGGUGUAUUCAUUAUUUUUCUCAGAUUCUG